GGACAACUGUAGAACGGUCAACUUACCCCAUACUUUAACCUGAAUGAAGGGAUCAACACUUUAUCUUAUACCUUAAUUGUUAGAUGGGUGUUCACAAAAAAUGUUCUCGUCUACCCAAGUCACUGGUGGGGUUCUGCUGCUAAGGUUGUCAUAAAGCAUGCUUUUUUACAUUUGUUGCAUUUGGCAAUAUCGUCAAAAGAUUCUGAAAGAAAUAAGUUUCCCAAAUUUUAAAGUAUUAAACUUUUAUUAUUGUUUAUUUACUGUGUCUUUUAUUCUGCUUACCUAACUCAUGCAGAAAUCUGGCUUGAUGUUUGGUCCACCUGUUAGCUGGCUCUGGUGCUUGAUAGUUUUCUCCAUCCUCUGAAUCAAGGCCAUCAUGAGUGGUCUUCUGAAGACCAUCAUUAUGCUACAGUUGUCUCUACUAUGAGACAGAACUGAACUGGAGUUUGUGAACUAAGGCUGUGUUCGAAACAACUUAGAUGUUGGAUUUUAUCAACCUCAAACCCGUAAGAAGUCUGGAACGGCAAACAAAGUUGGGUAUCCGACCUCUCAACUUGGGACAGAUCGAUCAACACCGACCUCAGCAAGAUGUGUCGUUUGAUGUCGCAAACAAGCAUUUAGGAUGAACCACUCUGAUCUGCUAAGAUGCACAGAUUCAACUCUGACCCAGCAUCAUCCCCACAUCUCAUCUGCCAUCAGUUUCAUGUAAUGUCUGUCAAUAGCAUUUCUAUAACAACUUAAUUUAAACUUUAAUUGAAACUUUUAUUGUGUAAAACAGGCGUUUUAUUCCACAACCCAUUAGACAAGUGUAAUCUACCCUAGACCCACUACAUUUUUUUAAAUAUACAUUUUUGAAUGGUGUAUAACACUUUCGUUCUCUUUUAGUCCUUUUAUUUUCUAUUUCAUAAUGUAAAAUACAUACAAGUUUAUUUGCAACACCAAAAUAUUUUGAUAUAUUCUAUCAAAACCAUUUUCAGGCAUCCUUCCUCCUCCCCAUCUCCUCCUUCACUGCUCUCUUUCUUCUACUGUGUAGGUGUGUUUUGGGGGGGUUGAAACAGUAAAUUGUAAAUUAAAGUUGCAUUUAAGUCUUGUGUAACAGUCUCCCUUAUUUGUGACUAUAUUCACGAUGUAACAUGGUACUUUCAGCACUUACUACAUUACAGUGUUUUAAUGCUUUUGAUUUUUAUUAUAAAUUAAUUCACUUUUAAUGAAUUCUCUCUUAAUCUAGAACUUUUAGAGUCUAAAAUGUAAAGUGUCAUGAUCAGCUCUGGGUCUUGUGCAGUGAUAUAAUGGACAGAUGGUAAAUGUCAUGGUUUUGCAGUAUAUUGGGCUCUGGAUGUAAUGAACAGUCAGCACAUAGGUUAAUUUGGUAAACAAACUUGUCAGAAAAAUGCAUGCUGUGAUGCUGGACAAUACCUGGUCAAAUGAAUACAUGUAUAAUGUGUUUCCACAUUUGUAUAAGGUUUCUUUAUCUAUUAGAAAACAGCGCAGAGACUGCUGUGAAUUAUUGAUAACAGUGUAUUUGUUAAAAUGUUACCAGUAAGAUUAUGUAGACCACUUUCCGUGUACAAUGUAUUUUCUUUGAGUACCUUUACGUGUUUUAUUAUUCUUAACUUAAAGCAAAACGCAAUUUAAAUGCAGGUGCCCCCUGUAACAUGUUACUACAAAAUAUGCAAGUGGAACUGGACUAAAUGCAUCUACAUAAGGGCCUGAUUCCAUGUUUCUGCAUUACACGUGAUAUGAUAUAGGCUAUAGGGUGUAUAAUAAUUAUAUUUUGUGCAUGCAAAAUAAAAGUCAAACUCUUUAAAACUGUGGCAAAUGUUAUGCAUUAGAUAUAUUUUUUAAAUCUUUUUGUUUGUGUUCAAUACAAUAAACAAGAAAUAGUCAGCUCUGCCCUUGUUUGUAUUUUAUUGGGGUAAAUAGUUUGUCACACUCUGCACAGCGUUAUUAGCGUCCACAUUGUGAUGUCACUCACGGUAACCGUGACAGAGCGCUUGGGUGAUUAUUUCGUCACUUGAGGUCCCUAUAUAAGCCCGCGCGAGUUACCAUAGUUUCGUGGGUUUGUUGUUAGGCGAGUGCUGUUGAUUUUGAUAGCGACUUUUUGUAAGUGAUUUUUCUUUUGCAAUGAAGAGUUAUCGAGGACCAAAUAGGCCCGCUGCGGUCAGUCAGCCAUUUUUUGGCGGGCUGAUCGCGCGGGUCUUAUUUGGUCUCUUUAAUUUCUUUUUGAGCAUCUUCUUGCGCUUUUUUCGGUUCGCGCGGCCCGAGACAAGCGACAACGUGGAGGAACUCAGUGAACCGGAGGGAGCUUUCGGACCUUGUAGCGAGCGUCCACCGAUGCUCGCUGUGGGGUCCGAGGUGAACCCGGUUCAUCGUGUUGAAUGCCCCGUUUCGACACCUGACACCGCGCUGGAGACCUGUCCAGAUGCCCAACCCCGAAGACCUCUCAUGAGGUUUUCGGAGCGGAUGUCUGGGACAGUAAACGGCUGUCGCACUAAAAGACCUUCAUUUCGGAGUACUGCACGAUCUCUGAGAGUGACUCCUCAAAUGCGUCCCACUUGUGGUUCACAGCCCAGUCGGACACAUUUUGGGGAGUUCACACCAAGGCCGUUGCAUGCUCGAAGUGAUUGUUCUUUAGUUGAGUCCCGUAAUGUCUCCACAAAUUGUCAAGCUAGGGGAAUGCGUUUUGUAUACCCUAAGCUUGUCCUCCGUCGUCUGGACCCUGGCAGGAUUCGCUCUGCUGACAUCGCGCAGCGGCCUGUCAGAGAGAGGUAUGAGGAGGUGGGAGUGACCGUUAGACGUGUAACACCCAGAUCUAACGCUUCACCUGUACGUCCUCUCAUACACCCGGGACCUGUCUGGGUUACACAGCGACGUCGAGGUUAUCAUGUGGCUCCUACUGUACAGGCACGUAUACCACCGAGAGUGCCUGUACGUAGUAGAGCCGCCUUAAUGGAGGACACAUCUAGCGAUGGGUCCUCCAGACCACUUCUGGCAGAGGAAAUCUCUUCUGCACAGCCUGAGCGGCCUCAGGCCCUGGAACCUGGCAGGAGUCUGUCUGUGGUUGUGUCACAGCAGAAACCUGUCAUGGUUGUGCGUCCUCUGGGCCGGUGUACACGUUGGGGUCGUGUCGCACCGGCUCAGCAGGUCCAGCCCUCGCCCGCUUGGCAGUUCCGGGCUUCACCUACUGCUGCUGUAUCACUGCCGAGUUUUACAAGCAGCGGUAAGGAUAAACCUGUCCAGGUGGUGCGUCCUCUGGGCUGGCCUACACUCGAGGGUCAUGUCGCACCAGCUCGGCAGGGCCGGAGCCCGCCCGCUCGGCAGGGCCGGAGCCCGCCCGCUCGGCAGGACCGGAGCCCGCCCGCUCGGCAGGACCGGAGCCCGCCCGCUCGGCAGGACCGGACACCGCCCGCUCGGCAGGACCGGACACCGCCCGCUCGGCAGGACCGGACACCGCCCGCUCGGCAGGACCGGACACCGCCCGCUCGGCAGGACCGGACACCGGCCGCUCGGCAGGACCGGACACCGGCCGCUCGGCAGGACCGGAGCCCGCCCGCUCGGCAGGACCGGAGCCCGCCCGCUCGGCAGGAACGGAGCCCGCCCGCUCGGCAGGAACGGAGCCCGCCCGCUCGGCAGGAACGGAGCCCGCCCGCUCGGCAGGACCGGACCCUGCCCCCACCCGCUGAUGUCUCACAGAAACCUGUCAUGGUUGUGCGUCCUCUGGGCCGGUCCACACUUGAGGGUUGUGUCGCACCGGCUCAGCAGGUCCAGACCCUGCACCCUCAGCGGUUCCUGCCUCCACGUAGCGCUGUUGUCUCACUGCCGAGUUUUACAAGCAGAGGUAAGGACAAACCAGUCCAGGUUGUGCGUCCUCUGGGCUGGCCUCCACGUGAGGAGCGUGUUGUGCCCGCUCGGCAGGACCGGACCCCGCCCCCUCGGCAGGACCGGACCCCGCCCCCUCGGCAGGACCGGACCCCGCCCGCUGCUGUCCCACAGCUAGUCCAGAUCCCACCCGCUCGGCAGGACCGGACCCCGCCCGCUCGGCAGGACCGGACCCCGCCCGCUCGGCAGGACCGGACCCCGCCCGCUCGGCAGGACCGGACCCCGCCCGCUCGGCAGGACCGGACCCCUCCCGCUCGGCAGGACCGGACCCCUCCCGCUCGGCAGGACCGGACCCCUCCCGCUCGGCAGGACCGGACCCCGCCCGCUCGGCAGGACCGGACCCCGCCCCCACCCGCUGCUGUCUCACAGCUAGUCCAGAUCCCGCCCGCUCAGCAGGACCAGGACCGGACCCCGCCCGCUCGGCAGGACCAGCCCGCUGCUGUCUCACAGCAGAAACCCCCUCGGCAGGUCCAGGGCCCGCCCGCUCGGCAGGUCCAGGCCCAAACGCUCGGCAGGACCAGACCACUACCGUACGGCAGGUCCAGACCCCGGCCACCCGGCAGGUCUAGCUCUAUCCCGCUGGUCUCACAGCUAGUCCAGAUCCCGCCCCCUCGGCAGGACCAGAUCCCGCCCCCUCGGCAGGACCAGGCCCCGCCCCCUCGGCAGGACCAGGCCCCGUCCCCUCGGCAGGACCAGGCCCCGUCCCCUCGGCAGGACCAGGCCCCGUCCCCUCGGCAGGACCAGGCCCCGCCCCCUCGGCAGGUCCAGGCCCCGCCCGCUCGGCAGGUACAGGCCCCGCCCGCUCGACAGGUCCAGGCCCCGCCGUUCGGCAGGACCAGACCACGACCGUUCGGCAGGACCAGUUUCCGACCGUACGGCAGGUCCAGACCCCGGCCGCCCGGCAGGUCUAGCUCUUUCCCGCUGGUCUCACAGCUAGUCCAGAUCCCGCUCCCUCGGCAGGACCAGAUCCCGCCCCCUCGGCAGGACCAGAUCCCGCCCCCUCGGCAGGACCAGAUCCCGCCCCCUCGGCAGGUCCAGAUCCCGCCCCCUCGGCAGGUCCAGGCCCCGCCCCCUCGGCAGGUCCAGGCCCCGCCCCCUCGGCAGGUCCAGGCCCAGCCCGCUCGGCAGGUCCAGGCCCGACCGCUCGGCAGGACCAGACCGCUACCGUACGGCAGGUCCAGACCCCGGCCGCCCGGCAGGUCUAGCUCUAUCCCGCUGGUCUCACAGCUAGUCCAGAUCCCGCCCCCUCGGCAGGACCAGGCCCCGUCCCCUCGGCAGGACCAGGCCCCGCCCGCUCGACAGGUCCAGGCCCCGCCGUUCAGCAGGACCAGACCACGACCGUUCGGCAGGACCAGACUCCGACCGUACAGCAGGUCCAGACCCCGGCCGCCCGGCAGGUCUAGCUCUUUCCCGCUGGUCUCACAGCUAGUCCAGGCCCCGCCCCCUCGGCAGGACCAGGCCCCGUCCCCUCGGCAGGUCCAGGCCCCACCCGCUCGACAGGUCCAGGCCCCACCGUUCGGCAGGACCAGACCACGACCGUUCGGCAGGACCAGAUUCCGACCGUACGGCAGGUCCAGACCCCGGCCGCCCGGCAGGUCUAGCUCUUUCCCGCUGGUCUCACAGCUAGUCCAGGACCAGAUCCUGCCCCCUCGGCAGGUCCAGGCCCCGCCCCCUCGGCAGGACCAGACCCCGCCCCCUCGGCAGGUCCAGGCCCGACCGCUCGGCAGGACCAGACCACGACCGCUCGGCAGGUCCAGACCACGACCAUACGGCAGGUCCAGACCCUGACCGUUUGGCAGGUCUAGCUCUUGCCCGCUGGUCUCGCAGCUAGUCCAGAUCCCGCCCGCUCGGCAGGACCAGAUCCCGCCCCCUUGGCUGGACCAGAUCCCGCCCCCUCGGCAGGACCAUAUCCCGCCCCCUCGGCAGGACCAGGCCCCGCCCCCUCGGCAGGACCAGACCCUGCCCGCCCGCUCGGCAGACGAGUUUUGUCCGUGAAGACAAAAAAAUGAAGCGGGCCUCAAUGAAGCAACCCCCCAUCCUGAAAUACAAAUUAAAUAUUAUGUACACACCUGAAAUUUGAGAUUAUUGGUUAACAAGUAUUUAAAACUGAGAUCUGGGUUUGUUUUUAAUACUUUGAUUACUCACUUAGCUGGAUUUUAUUGUUAAUACUUUUCUUUGAUCUAUUUGAAUCUUAAAAUCUCAUCCUGUAGUUAUUGUCAAGCAACAGAUUUAAAUGUUAAAACCUCUCCGGGGACCAGGCUUAGUUGACCAGAAAUGAGAGCUUUAUAAUGGAGGUGAUAGGGGAAGUCUGUCACAGCUUUGUCCUCUCCAUGUUUAUAAGAGUAAUCUGUUGAGGAUGCUGUGAUAUGAAUAUGUGUAAACUUAUAAAUUAGAAAAAUGUAAAUGUUAAAAAAUUGGACUUCUCAAUUCUUCUAUAAUAGUAACAGUAAACAGGAUAGAUUACAGAUGAGUACAGUGAACAAGCUUAAAAUACAGGUAUACAAUUCAACAUAACAUUUAACAUUAUUGUCAUAACUAAGCACCAGUUGCAAUAACAUUAACUAAUAAGCAGACGUCAUGAGUUGCAGGAUUUCUUCCCCAUGGUUCCCAAAUGGCCACAGACAGACAGACAGACAGCUGUAUAACUGAAUAUAACUCUAUAACCUCCAGCAAUGAAGAAGAUUCAAAGAAAGAAAGGAAGAAGUGUUAUAUAGUGAAUUAUUAACAUGUUUUGUUAGUUGAUUUAUUUGCAUUAUUUUUUAAAGUUUAUUUUGUACAUUGUUUAUCUGUAUUGAAUGACCUUCCUUUGUUAGGGAGUCAGACACACUUGAUCAGUCAGAUCGAGACUCGUCUGUUUAACCAAGCGUUCACCUGAUUUAUUACCUAAACAUGUUUAUGCUUCAAUAGUGAGCUUGACCUAAACCAAACACACAUCUAUCUUACUGUAAAACUUGUACAUUAUAUAUCAGCAGCCUCCAAACUAACAUCAGUUUGUUCUGUCUGCAUGUCUCAUGCUUUUGUUUCCAGACUCAGCUCCGGUUCAGCGUGAUGCUCAAUGAUGACUGCAGCCAUCAACCAGAAGCAAUGAAAUCUGUGAUGAUCAAAACCUUCAACUUUGCAUCCCAGGAUCUCUCGCCGAUGACUGUAACGGCAUUGCAUUCAUUUUGUCAUCUUACUUUCGUCUGAGAGGGAUUUCUACUUUCGGCCGCAUAAAGAUAUUCAGAAAUUGAUAAUGAGCUUUUAAUUGACACUGGUGUUGUGUGUAUACUGUCUUGUUUUAAAUGAAUCUCUCUGUUCUGUUUAAGUAUGGGUGCAUACUUAAGUAUUUACAGUAUUUUAAUGUAAAAAUAUGUUUAUGUUUCUAUUAUUUUCACAGAUGCAUCGAUGCGAGUAAGUGAAGCAACUGUGAGGAUGAGACGGUCCACAUGCUCCUGAACUGUGAUGCAGAAACACAAUGAGUGGAUCCAUCUGUCUCUGACCACAAAAUCACAGCUCAACUACAUCUGAUAUAGGAACACAACAGGUCGGUUUAUCCUAGUCCCAGACUAAAAUGCAGAUUUUUUUCUGACAUCUCUACAUAUAUCAGUGCCAUUGUUUUGUCUCAAGAUGCACACCAGAAUAGUUUUUUUUUACUAUUUAAAUGUCCUAAUAUAACUAAACCUAGUCCUGGUUUAAUCUAAAUGCUUUCCAGGAAACUGCCCCUAAAAGUCUAACACUGUUCAGCGAUCUCACAAACCUCAAUACUGUAUAAACUUUGACACAGUUUAAUUCAAAGUUUUUACUUAAAAUGUAUCAUUUCUAUUUUUGACUUAAAUGAUAUUUAGUUUUGGUCAUAUUUUUGUCAACUAACUACAUAUCAGAACAUUUUAUUUGAUUAAGGGGCAGUUUUCCGGAGAGGGUUUAGAUUAAUCCAGGACUAGUUGUAUUAAGACAUUUUAAGAAGUUUUUACAAACAUACCAUACAAAAUAACAAUACUGUUGUGCAUCUUGAGACAAAACAAUGGCACUGAUAUAUGUUAAGAUGUGUCAAUAGAAGAGGUUUUUAAAUGAAGGCAGCUCAAACAUGCAUUGUUGUCUGGGACUAAGACCUAUCAAAGAAAUCACCCCUAAAUAUCUACAGUAUCUAACAGGUGGGUUUAGUGUAACAGUCCUGUCUCGUGUUUCCCUUGUCCAUGUCUCUUAUUUUGAAGUCUUCUUGUUGUCUGCCAUGUUUGGAGUCUUUUGUAGUUCUUUUGUUGUAUUGGUCCAUGUUUGAUUGUCUCCCUAGGUGUGUCUUGUUUCCUAGGUGUAUAUAUUGCCCUUGUGUUUCAAUUGUCCUUUGUGGAGUACUGUGAUGUUGUUCCUGUUAUGAUCGGUUUGGAUUAUCUUGUUUUAUUUUGUUAUAAUAAACUUUACCUGCACUUGGA